AUGCCUACACGAAACAUACAGUACCGCAGUGAUAUUAUAUCAAAUAGAACGAAAUAUGAGACGAGAAUAGACAUAGAAUCAAAUGUGAUAGCAGACAAAACUUGGUCGCACCAGCUCUUCCUGUGUUGUGAUGAUUGCGGACUUUGUUGUAUCACUUCCAUCUUACCGUGUGUCACUUUCGGGGCUAACGCCAGACAGAUCGAGGCAGGAUCAUGUUUUGGGCACGCUCUGUGCUGUCUUAUCCCAUUUGUGAACUGUAUUGCUCUUCAGAAGAUUAGAACUCGGAUCCGUAUGAGAUACGGCAUCAGUGGCUCAGCAUUUAACGAUUUCGUGAUGGUCUGUUUUUGUGCGCCAUGUACAAUACUUCAAGAAGCUAAAGAACUGAAGAUAGAACCGGGAGAUAACAUAGCAAGAACAUGGUGA